AUGGCUACGCCGGCGGUGAAGUUGUACGGGUGGGCUAUCUCGCCGGUCGUUUCGCGCGCGCUGCUGGCCCUGGAGGAGGUCGGCAUCGACUACGAGCUCGUCCCCAUGAACCGUCAGGCCGGCGACCAGCACCGCCCGGAGCACCUCGCUAGGAACCCUUUCGGGAAGGUGCCGGUGCUCGAGGACGGCGACCUCACGCUCUUCGAAUCCCGGGCGAUCGCGAGGCAUGUCCUGCGGAAGCACAAGCCAGAGCUGCUGGGCUCCGGCAGCCUAGAGCAGGCGGCGAUGGUGGACGUGUGGCUGGAGGUGGAGGCCCACCAACUGAGCCCGGCGGCGAUCGCCAUCGUGGUGGAGUGCAUCUUCGCGUCGUUCCUCGGCCGCGAGCGCAACCAGGCGGCUGUCGAUGAGAACGUGGAGAAGCUGAAGAAGGUGCUAGAGGUGUAUGAGGCGCGGCUGAGCCAGAGUAGGUACCUCGCCGGCGACUUCCUUAGCCUUGCGGACCUUAGCCACUUCACCAUCAUGCACUACUUCAUGGACACCGAGUAUGCCACGCUGGUCGGGGCAUUACCGCACGUCAGCGCCUGGUGGCAGGGCCUUGCCGCGCGCCCAGCGGCGAAGAAGGUCGCGGAGUUCAUGUCGGUCGGCGCGGCCGAGGCGUCCAAGAAACAGGAGUGA